AUGUGCAGGGAGCUGCAGUUAGCCCGGUCCGCGGCCCGGGCAGGACCCGCGGGGGUCGCGGCCGCGCUGCGGGCGGAGGAACGUCUCGGAGCGCGGUUCCGGGUGGACCAGAGACCCACUUCCAGGGACCCGGGCUCAGGAGCGCAGAGGCUGCGCGGCCGAGGGGAGUUGGGACUGAGGGUGGGGCGCCGUGGAGGGGAAGGGCCCCUGGGCCUCGCGCCCCCGCCCCGGCCGCACCCCCAGCCCGGCCCCGCCGCGCUCACCGCACACCGCUCACCGCUCACCGGGGCGCCGGGGGCUGCGGCGGCGGCCUCGGCAGCUCGGGAUCCCAGCCUCCGGGAAGCAGGAAGCGGGAAUCAGGAAGUGACAGAGGAGCGGGGCGGGGGCGGGGCGGGGGCUCGCGGGGGCGGGGCCGAGGUCACGCGCGAGGGCGGGGCAAGGGGCGGGGAGAGAGGAGAAGGAGGGGCAUCUCUCAAUGCAAAAGGAGGGACUCUCCCAGAAGGCCUCAGGAACCUGGCUCCAUGGGGGUCUGCAGUGGAAGAGGAAGAGCUGGCUGGCCCCAGAGGCCUGCAGGAUGCUGCUCAGAGGACAUACGGGCCCCUGCUCAACCGCAUCUUUGGGAAGGACCGUGAGCUGGGCCCGGAGGAGCUGGAGGAGCUGCAGGCUGCCUUCCAAGAGUUCGACGCUGACCACGAUGGCUACAUCGGCUACCGGGAGCUGGGUGCCUGCAUGCGGACCCUGGGCUACAUGCCCACCGAGAUGGAGCUCAUCGAGGUCUCGCAGCACGUGAAGAUGCGCAUGGGCGGCUGUGUGGACUUUGAGGAGUUUGUGGAGCUGAUAGGCCCAAAGCUAAGGGAGGAGACGGCGCAGAUGCUCGGGGUCCGGGAGCUGCGCAUCGCCUUCCAAGAGUUUGACAGGGACGGGGAUGGAAGGAUCACAGUGGCGGAGCUGCAGCAGGCUGCGCCAGCUCUCCUCGGGGAGCCGCUGGAAGGUUCCGAGCUGGACGAGAUGCUCCGAGACAUGGACCUCAACGGGGACGGCACUAUAGACUUUGACGAGUUUGUGAUGAUGUUGUCCACUCACUGAGAUCCCGGGGCCCAGACACCAGCGGGGCCCAGGCUGCAACCCUC